GCGAGAAAGGUUGUGAGCGAGGUUAAGUUUCGGGUGUUGAAAAAGCGCGCGAACUUUCUUUCACGUGACGUUUUUCUAUGCUCUUAUUUUUUUUAAUGACCAGGAUAGUGCUCUUAUUUUAAUGCUAUGAAAAAAUGAGUUGUAUGUUUUAUUCUUUUUAUUCUUGACUUGUUAAAAAAUAUUUUUCGUACAACAGUGACUAAGUGAAUUAAUAUCAGUGUAUAUUUAUAGUAAAGUCUAUAUAAUUAACAAAAGAUGUUCUGGAACGAUGACGACACUAAUGUUCUGGAAUGCUGACGUCAUCAACUAGGCAAGGAUGUCGCGAGGAGACAGAUAUUGGAAGUGGAGGCUGAUCUUUUCAGCAAUCUCGUUGGCUUUUGCUAAUUCGCAAGACAUAUCGGCGUGCUGCGAUAAGGCAACGGGAACAUGUCGGAGCGUUUGCGAAAAGAUGUCCCUGGUGGAAAUUGCAUCAGACUCAGCAAUGAGAGAGGAGAGAAUACAGAACAUUUAUAAAUUUUGUGCGCCACAAUUGAUAGAGUUCUGGAUAUGCAUGAACCAAACUAUACAGGAAGUAGUUCAAGGCUCAGGCUGGUGGGGCCGGGCGUGCUGUUCAUUAGGCCAUUCGCCGCUUUGCCGGACUGCUUGUGCUACUGCGUCUGACGCGAGAGCACUAUCCAAUACAUGUAGACGAUCUGAUGAAAUUGCGUUCUUCGACUGCGUGCAGAAGCAGCAAGAGGCGCAGUGGUGCUGUUCGCAAACGCAAUCACUAAGCUGCCACGAGGCAUGUUCCCGUGCGCUGUGGCGGGUGGGCGCGCGGGAGGGGCGCGGCGCGGCGCGGGAGCGCGCGGCGGACGCGUGCGACCGGUCGCCACCGCUGCUGCAGUGUCUAGCUGACCUUACUGCCACCACCGUGCAUACGGAUACGUCAAAGUACCUGCCAUGUUGCCACGAAUCACCAAGUCAAGAGUGUCGAAGCACAUGCGAAACAGUACUUCGCCGUACUGGAGAGUCCCAGGAAAUCGCCGAAGCCCUAUCUCAAGAAUGCGGAGCCCCCGCCAUACAUGAUAAUAUGUGGCAGUGCUUCUUGCGAAAAGAUGCGCCUGCUGACACCAAAGAUGUGAUACCUCAUGAUGUUGCUAAACUGCAUUGUUGUCAAAAGGGUGCAACGAUAAAUUGCCGAAGGCUGUGUUUCAACACUUUUAACUCUGGCUGGCAAACUAAUUGGCAGAAAUUUUAUUCCGAAUGUCUCGGAGAUCCACAAGAAACUGAAUUAGCUGAAUGUAUAGAAGAAGUGGAAUCUCCAUGUUCACUUGGCUGUGCUGGUCUAACAUAUUGCAGUCAGCUCAACAACCGACCCAGUAGCUUGUUCCGGUCUUGCUCCGCUCAAGCUGAUCUUGAUGCUCAUUUAGCUGUUGCUGAACAGAAAGGAUCCGGAUAUGUCACGGUAGCUGGGAUGCAGUUGCCUUUGAAGAAUUCAACUCAAUGCACGACUGAUGUUUGGAAGAGCGUGGCUUGCGCUUUACACGUCAAACCGUGCACUGCUAAGGGACAUAGCAGCUUGCUAUGUAUGGAGGAUUGUGUACGAGUAGUAUCAUCAUGUGUAGAAUGGUCUCGAGCCCCGCUAUCUGCGCCAGCUCUGUGUGCACGACUUGCACCGAAACGGGAAGAUGCGCCGUGUGUAUCGUUGUCUGAUUUCAUGGCGCCUAGUCCAGAACCUCCAUUAUUAUCAGCUGGAGAAGCAGUGCGGUCACCUUGUGCUGGAGCUCCUUGCAAUUCAUCCCAAGUUUGUGCGUUGAACAGAAGUUGCGCAACCACGGAUUCAUGUACCCGCUACGUUUGUCUUGAUGGCUGUCCUUUAGGUGAUGGUAGCCCAUACGUAGUUCCAAUUGGUUCGUGGGUUCGGGUUCCGAUGCCGUGUGCUUCACAGAAAGUUUGUAUCAAGAUAUGUCGCUGUACCAACCGUGGUUUGACUAAUUGUCAGCCACUGCCGAGUGUUGCGCUGGAUAACUGCCGGUUGCACGAUAAAAUUGUUAAACAUGGCGAGCGCUAUUAUAUGGAAUGCAACCCAUGCCGCUGCAUGUCAGGCGAGCGUGUGUGCGGGCGGCGGGCCUGCGGGCGGGCCGCGCUCAUGACCGGCCUGCCGUGCAACUGCCCGCCGCACCACCUGCCCGUGCACACGCCGGGCCGGCUCUACCCCAAUGCGUGCUUGGCCAAGUGCGCAGGCGCAACAGACGGUGAGAUCGAGUUCGGCAGCCGCAGCGCGUGCUCGAGCGCGUCGUGUCCGCGCCGACACGUGUGUCUGCCCGCACGCUCCGUGUGCUUGUCGCGGCUCCAAUUGGACUGCCCGCAACAUACUUGUGUGAACAUAUCGAACUGCAACACUCAACCGACGACCCCCGUGUGUGACACAGACGGACAAACACACUCGAAUCCAUGCCAUCUUGUUAUGAGUGGAAGAAAAUUAGCUUAUUGGGGAUAUUGCUUGCAGGGAUGUUCAUCUACUGGAACCGUUUGUGGUGUCGAUGGAGUAACAUAUUCAUGUGAAUGUGCUGCAUGGGCAGAAUACGUUAGUGUAGACUAUCAUGGCCCAUGCUUUGCAGUUGGUCCCAUUUCUGAUGUCAUGGAACCAAAAUGCCAAUUAGAUCGAAUUCUAUGUCCGCCAUUGAAAAAACCUAACUGUCUAGGAUUCACUGCUCCUGGAGCUUGUUGCCCAAAAUGUGGUGGAGCUCUGAGAAUUUUGUAUUCGAAAAAACAAAUAGAUAGAGCUCUUUAUGGCACGAAUAUAUCUGCAUCUGUUAUUAAUCUUAAAAAUGUUUUAUCGGCUUUGGAAAGACAUGUAAAAGUUGCAGAGUGUGCGCUCAGAGGAUACUUGACUAUAGAAAUGGAGAUUUUUGUAACAGUAGAAUCAAUUUUAAAGAACCCUACUGAUUUACAGUUGAAGGUAUGCGUGUUGGAGUCUGAGAAAAUAGCUGAUCUCAUAAAUAGGGAUAGUGCGUUAAUUACUAGCGAUUUGGGUCUAAGUGCAUUAUCAUACGCUUUAGUUGUUCACACUUAUCCUACUCAAGGAGUUGGUGGUCUAGGCAUGUCCAUUGUUAUGUUAAUCAUUUCUUCUAUAAGUGUUUAUAUAUUAAGAUAAAUUUUUAAUAUUAGACUAUUGUAAAUAACAUAAGUGUAAAUAAAAGAUGUAAAUAGUGAUGUAUUUCAUAGAAAAUUUGUACUCUUAGAUCGAUAAUGAGAUUAAUGCUUUGGUCUGCUUUAUGUGAGUCGAAGACGCAGUGGAUGUUUUGACUUGUUUAAGAGUUUAAGUACAGUUUUUUUAACAGUAAAGAAGUGCCAUGUUUGUAUUUACGUUUUCCAGUAGAUCCGUAUUAUAAUAUAGACUGAAAUGAGCAUUUGUAACCAAUUUACAAAAGACAAAGUAGUCCUUAUACCAAAUAUGUUAUUGUAUUGUUAUUUUGUUGACACGAAUGUUUAUAUUGUGUAUUUUAAGAGAUAUUUAUAUUUAAAGGUGAUAAAAUAAAAGUCAAAACACAUAA